UCAGGAAGAAACGACGCACAGCGAGGAGCCAGGGAGCGAGACUGGUUGCUAAGCAUGCCUGACGACAUGGCCAAGCCUUUGAUCCGAGACCGGGGCUCCCGACUCCUGGAAGCCGCGCAGACUGAGCCGGGAUCCCCGCUGGUCGGGAUUUUGGGCACGGGGGACUUUUCUCGCUCUCUGGCCCGGCGUCUGGUUGCGUCUGGGCACCAAGUGGUGGUGGGGAGCCGCAAUCCAAAACGAUCGGCUGCUCUGUUUCCUGAUGAAGCUGAGGUGAUGUCUCAGCUGGAAGCCGCGAGCCAGGCUGACAUAGUGUUCGUGGCCUUGUUCCCGGAGCACUACUCGUCCUUGGUGGAGCUGAAGCAGGUUUUGGGGGGGAGGGUCCUGGUGGAUGUGAGUAACGGUCUGUGCCUCAAUCAGGACGGUCCCUCCAACGCAGAGCAGCUCGCCGAUAUGUUCCCCGAGAGCCACGUGAUCAAAGGAUUCAACACUAUCUCCGCAUGGGCGCUACAGAGCGGCCCCAGAGACGGCAGUAGACAAGUUUUUCUGUGCAGUGACAGUAGCGUCGCCAAAGCUUCAGUGUCACAGCUGUGCAGGAGGAUGGGCUUCAUCCCGAUCGACAUGGGCCCCCUGUCCGCCUCUUUAGAAAUUGAAAACAUGCCGUUAUAUCUUUUCCCAUCAUGGAAACUCCCGGUGCUCCUCUCUUUUGCCCUUUUCAUAUUUUUUUACCUGUACAACUUUAUCCGGGACGUUUUGCAUCCUUACGUCACGUCUGGCAAAAGCGCUUUCUACAAAAUGCCCAUUGAGUUGGUGAACGUAACUCUACCCUGUGUAGCAUUAGUGAUGCUAACGCUAGUCUACGUACCAGGUUUAUGCGCGGCGUUCCUACAGCUGUGGUGGGGGACAAAGUACAAGAGAUUCCCGGACUUUUUGGAUAAAUGGCUGAUACAGAGGAAGCAGUUUGGGUUGUGUAGCUUCCUCUGCGCAGCGCUACACAUGAUCUACAGUCUGUGUUUACCAAUGAGGAAGUCUGCUCGCUUCACAAUGCUAAACCAGGCCUUUAAACAGGUAAAAAAUGGUAUCGAGGACUCAUGGGUGUCUGAGGAUGUGUGGAGGAUGGAGCUGUACGUUUCCGUGGGGAUAAUGGCCAUCGGGCUCCUGUCUCUGCUCGCUGUCACUUCACUGCCCUCUGUGGCCAAUACUGUCAACUGGAGAGAGUUCAGCUUCAUACAGUCCUCUCUAGGCCACUGUGCCCUUUUCAUGGCCACACUCCACACCUGUUUGUUCGGAUGGACCCGAGCGUUUGACGCAAAACAGUACCACUUCUACCUCCCUCCCACCUUCCUCUUAGUAGUCAUCCCCCCCGUAUCAGUGCUUAUAUUCCGGUCGCUCCUGUUCCUGCCCUGCGUGGCUCUCAAACUAAGGAAAAUCCGCAGAGGCUGGGAGAAGACUCGGCAUAUUAGAUUCACGCUGCCAGACGAAGAUUGCCGCAACGGGCUGGAAGAUGUCAGCCAUGUUUGAGAUCAAGCUAGCAUGCUAACUCCCACCGGAAUGAAUGAUGAAUAUAUCCUUGAAAUGCAUUGAAGGCUCAUCCCCCCAGCUUUCCAAAUGUGUAUAGUUUAAAGUGUAAUGUAGAUAUCUUUCCAAUGAACUCAACUUGAGCUUGUUGCACUAUAUAUGUUUGUAUUUUCAUGGUCUUUCUGUUGUACAAAAAUCAGGUAGGCAGGUAGCUGUAGGCAGCAUAUUUUAAAGAAGAGGUAUUAUGCAAAAUCAACUUUUUGAAGCUUUCUACCAUGUUACAACAGUGUUCCUCAUCAAAACCAAAAAUAUGCAGACAUGAAGCAUUUUCAAAACGAUAAAGGCAACAUGGUGAUCUAAAUGUUAGGUGUUAGCAGUUAAUACCCCACACAAGUGUAAUACCCCACAAGAAACAAUUUGGCUUUCAGAUUUGAUGAGUUGGAAAAGCAAAUUUACAAUGAUCCUAGCUCUGACCUGUUUGUAUGAUUGUGUUUUUGAGCAAGACACUUCAUCCACUCUCCCUGUGUAUGAAUAUGGUGCUGUGAUUGGAGGUGGACUGAAAAACCGUUAGCAUAGCUUGGCAGCCAUGUUUCUAUAAGAGCCAGGGCAGCUGUGGCUACAACACUAGCUAAAUAAGUAAUGCGCUUAUUCUUUGAGUAUCUUAUGAGGAGCUAUAAAAAUCCAAAUAGCUGGGCGUGUGACAAAAAAAGAUAUAAAUUAGUUGCAUAUAUUUACUGAUCACAAUAUGAUUUUGUUGAUUUAUGAAUUAACAAGACAUGGUUCAAUUUCUUACUACAACUCUUAAACGCUUCAAACCACUUUUACUCACUGGGUUGGCUGUUCACCUCUCGUUUUAAAAGCCCCAAAAUGAUCAUUGAUAUUUCAAAGGACUGGAUCUCCAUCUUUAUUCAAAUUCAAUCGAUUGCACAGCCCUAAAUCCAAGACAUUUAUUUAAUUAUUAAUCGCUUAACAAAACCUCCUUUUUAAUUAUCACCAGAACAUAGCCAGACCACCACUAAGACCACAACUAAUAAACUGCACAAUGGAGCUCAGUAGUGACAACCUACUCUUCUGUAAGUAAAUUUUCCAUUCAUUUUUCCCAUAGAGGAGGCUAAACAGCUACGUGCUAAUAUCUAUAACACAGUUGUUUUAAGUCCAAACAGGCCGUUUAAAAAUUACUAUUUAUACAAUUUCAGAAACAGAUUUGAAAUAAAAUGACAGGUCUUGUGAUCUUUAUUUACCACUCGGAUGAUAAUUCUCAAGCAAGCUUUUGAACUUUUAAUAUGAGAAAAAUGAAUGUGAUAUUUAGUUCUGUAGCUGCAGUCACUUUUAUAGGUGAUUCCCAGUGUCUGUAAUCGCAUAUUACUUAGAUGGUUAUAAUGUUAUGGCUGAUUUGUUUAUUCCAUCAUAAGUUUUCUGUUUGAACUUCUACUAAUUUGGUGUUGAACUAAUGAGCUAUGUUUUGUGUCACCUGUGUUCCUUCUUGUUUUGAUGUCGUUGUUUUGACUCGUGCCACGCUGGUCCUGGUCAACAGCCUUUAAUUAGCAGGACACUGUAUGACAUUCAGUAACGUUAAUUUAUUUUUAUUUGUAUGUCAGUGUCACGAAAAAAUCAAGUGUUGGUACAUCACUGUUACUUUUACUGUUUCAGAGUUUUAAUUUAUUAACAUAUUUGAAUCAGUUGUGUAUAUUCUGAGAUUUAGAUUGGAUGAGAUGUUUUUCACCUUGUGCCAAAGAAGUUACUUAAUAUUUUGUUAAUGUAAAAUGUGUGUAUGCAAAAAUUCUUACACUGUAGAUUAAAUGCAUUUUUCUAGUUUU